AUGGCCACGUCGUCGUCGUUCGCUCAAAUAUGGUCGGGAGUGCAAGUCGAGUACGGUGACAGAAAGUUGACGUCGGACGCACCCCACUCGUCGCCACCCACACAGAUAGUGCACCGGCCGUCCAAGCCCAAGACUGACCCACAACUACAGACAGGGUACAAAUGGCAAAUCGUGUGGCGCAAUGUGAUCGGCUUCAUCGUAUUGCACUCGCUCGCCGUUUAUGGGUUCUACCUGGGGCUCUUCGGAUACGUCCAAAUAAAAACCAUACUGUUCAUGUUAGCGGUGGCUGCGUGUAGUGCUCUGGGCAUAACGGUCGGCGCCCACCGGCUGUGGGCCCACCGGUGCUACAGCGCCCGUCUGCCAAUGCGAGUGCUGCUGGCCGUGUUCCAGACAUUGGCGUUCCAAAACCACAUUUACGAAUGGGUCCGAGACCACAGGGUCCACCACAAGUUCACCGACACGGACGCCGACCCACACAACUCGUCUCGGGGAUUUUUCUUCUCGCACAUGGGCUGGCUAAUGGUCCGAAAACACCCGGACGUGUCCUCCAAGGGUGGCGCGGUCGAGAUGAAAGACCUGGAAGCCGACCCGGUGGUCAUGUGGCAGAAAAAAUAUUACUUAUGGCUAGUUCCUUUGGUAACGUUCCUGAUACCAUCUUUCAUACCAUACUGGUUGUGGCAGGAACGUUUUUGGUAUGCAUUCGUUGUGGUCGGAGUCACUCGUUACAUGAUAUCGUUACACUUCACGUGGCUGGUCAACAGCGCUGCUCAUAUAUGGGGCACAAAACCCUACGAUAAGAACAUCACACCCACCGAGAACCCUACCGUGGCGCUGUUGGCGUUCGGCGAGGGGUGGCACAACUACCAUCACGCUUUCCCGUGGGACUACAAGGCGGCCGAGCUGGGAAAUUACCGGCUAAACUUCAGCACUGCGUUCAUCGACGGCUGCGCCCGGCUCGGUCUGGCGUACAACCUGAAGACGGCCAACGCCAGUCUGGUGGAGAAGCGGUCACGGAGGACGGGCGACGGCACCAAAAGGCACCACCACCAGCACCACAAUCACCACCACGUGGAGGGUGGUGUCUGGGGAUGGGGCGACGAGGACAUGGCCGAAGACGACAAACGUGUAGCGCAAAUCAUCGACUGA